UUGUAGCAGUGCAGUGCGCUCAGACUUGUUCAUCCUGCCCUGCUAGGGAAGCUAUUCCCGGCUUUUAUUCUGAAAUGAUGAUGUCAGGAAGCUCGUCAACCGAUCCAUCAGUGCUGGCUGCACACUAUCAUCCUGGCGCGGUACCCUUGCAUGACCAUCUCCGAUCGAUGCUUUCUUCUGAGCGGAAUAUGUUUUCCAAAAUCCUUUUGUCUGCCACCAGCCUCCUGCUUGCUAUAUUGCGGCAUUUCCUCUGCUCUUUGAUGCAAUUCAUUCCAGCAAGGAACUGGGUGGCUGACUCCCCGACACUGGGAAAUCAACAAGCUACAUGGAACAAGGAGUCAGGUACGGAGACUUCCCAGCAGACACAAGGUUUAAAGAAUUUCCUGCCCAACCCAUCAAAAGAGGAAAUCACCUUCCACAGCCCCAAGGGUUUGCAAUGCAUCUCACCCUUAAUGCAGACGGUAGAGGAGACCCCUCAACCCAUCCCAGCGAAGAUUAAAGGACAUAUUCCCAAAUGGAUAAAUGGCAAUCUUCUGAGGAAUGGUCCUGGAAAGUUUGAGUUUGGCAAGGAGAAAUUUAACCAUUGGUUUGAUGGCAUGGCCCUGUUACAUCAAUUCCAGUUGGAAAAUGGCACAGUGACAUAUCGGAGCAAGUUUCUGCAGAGCAGUUCCUACCUGACUAACAGCCAGCAUAACCGCAUCAUGGUCUCAGAAUUUGGGACGCUGGCAAUGCCAGACCCAUGCAAGAGUGUCUUUGGGCGCUUCAUGUCACGCUUUGAGAUGCCACAGCCAAGUGACAAUGCCAGUGUGAACUACGUUGUGUAUAAAGGAGACUAUUAUGCCACCAGUGAGAACAUCUUCAUGUACAAAGUGGACCCGGAAACGCUUGAAACGAAGGAAAAGGUAGACUGGAGCAAAUUUGUUGCAGUGAAUGGGGCCACUGCUCAUCCUCAUUAUGAGUCUGAUGGCACAACAUACAACAUGGGAAAUUCAUACGGGAAACAUGGGUCUAGGUAUAACAUCAUUCAGGUCCCUCCACAGAAGUCAAACUGCAGUGACACGUUAGAAGGAGCGAAAGUACUGUGCUCCAUUGCUCCAAUGGAUAGGAUGAAACCCUCCUACUAUCACAGCUUUGGAAUGAGUGAAAACUACAUCAUUUUCAUUGAGCAACCCAUCAAGCUGAAUCUGUUACAGAUUAUCACUUCCAAGCUCCAUGGGAAAGCCAUUUCCGAAGGGAUAAGCUGGGAGCCUCAGUACAAUACUUGCUUCCAUGUGGUGAAUAAGUACACUGGGGAGGUGCUGCCAGGGCAGUGGUACAGUAAGCCCUUUGCUUCUUUUCAUCAAAUCAAUGCCUUUGAAGAUCAUGGCUGCGUGGUCCUUGAUCUGUGCUGCCAGGAUGAUGGAACAACUCUGAGUACUUACAAACUUCAGAAUCUGCGGAGGAGUGGAGAAGGUCUAGAUCAGAUUUAUGACUCAAUAUCCCGAGCUUUCCCUCGUCGUUUUGUUCUCCCACUGAAUGUGAAUUCAGACACACCUGUGGGGAAGAAUCUGAACCCACUGUCUUAUACAUUAGCAAGAGCUGUGAAAGAUGCAGAUGGCAAGGUCUGGUGCACACAUGAAAAUCUCCACCCUGAAGGCUUUGAAAAGGUUGGGGGCUUGGAGUUCCCCCAGAUCAACUACUCUAAGUACAACGGUAGGAAGUACCGUUACUUCUAUGGAUGUGGUUUUGGGCAUUUGGUUGGAGAUUCCUUGAUCAAGGUUGAUGUGGAGACCAAGGAUUUCAAGAUUUGGCAGGAGGAUGGAUCCUACCCAUCAGAGCCUGUGUUUGUGCCAGUGCCUAAUGCCACAGCAGAAGACAGUGGAGUCAUCUUGUCUGUUGUGGUCUGCCCAGCUGAGAACCAUAGUGCUUUCCUGCUUGUCUUGGAUGCAGAAACCUUUAGAGAAUUGGGGCGAGCAGAAGUUGCAGUGCCAAUGCCUUAUGGAUUCCAUGGUGUCUUUACUUCUCACUGACUGAAGAUCUUGUCAUCUCCUCUAACUCAGGACCACAUCAGAUUCAGAAAGAAACCUCUGCUUUCUUUUAUCUCCCACCUUUGCAUUAUAUGCUGGAUGAAGUAACUGCUUUUUCUUUAUUAUAACCUCUGAGUUACUGCUAUGUUCCUAACAGUAAACAGCAAAGGGUCA